UCCGCCGGCGUGCGGGCCUGGAUCCGCAGUGGUCUGCGGGCGAUGGAGCGGCUGGCGGGCUGGCGGCUUGGGCCAUGGAUGCUGCUAUUGCUCCUGCUCCGGGUGCAGGCCCGCCAGAAGGAGUCAGGCUCAAAAUGGAAAGUAUUUAUUGACCAAAUUAACAGGGCUUUGGAGAAUUAUGAACCAUGUACAAGUCAAAACUGCAGCUGCUAUCACGGCGUCAUCCAAGAGGACCUCACUCCUUUCCGAGGUGGUAUCUCCAGGAAGAUGAUGGCUGAGGUGGUCAGGCGGAAGCUAGGGACCCACUACCAGAUCAUUAAGCACAGAUUAUUUCGGGAAGAUGACUGCAUGUUCCCCUCCAGGUGUAGUGGUGUCGAACACUUUCUUUUGGCAGUGAUUCAGCGUCUCCCGGACAUGGAAAUGGUCAUCAAUGUACGAGAUUAUCCUCAGGUUCCUAAGUGGAUGGAGCCAACUAUCCCUGUCUUCUCCUUCAGUAAGACAUCGGAGUACCAUGAUAUCAUGUAUCCUGCAUGGACAUUUUGGGAAGGGGGCCCUGCUGUGUGGCCACUUUAUCCUACUGGUCUUGGACGGUGGGACCUCUUCAGAGAAGAUCUGCUAAGGUCAGCAGCACAGUGGCCAUGGGAAAAGAAAAAUUCUACAGCAUAUUUCCGAGGAUCAAGGACAAGCCCAGAAAGAGAUCCCCUCAUUCUUCUGUCUCGGAAAAAUCCCAAACUCGUUGAUGCAGAAUACACCAAAAACCAGGCCUGGAAAUCUAUGAAAGAUACCUUGGGAAAGCCAGCUGCUAAGGAUGUUCACCUGGUGGAUCACUGCAAAUACAAGUAUCUGUUUAAUUUCCGAGGUGUAGCUGCAAGUUUCCGGUUCAAACAUCUCUUCUUGUGUGGUUCGCUGGUCUUCCAUGUUGGUGAUGAGUGGGUUGAAUUCUUCUACCCACAGUUAAAGCCAUGGGUUCACUACAUCCCAGUCAAAACAGACCUCUCCAAUGUCCAGGAGCUGUUGGAAUUUGUAAAAGCAAAUGAUGAUAUUGCUCAGGAAAUUGCUAAAAGGGGAAGCAGGUUCAUCAUCCACCAUUUGCAGAUGGACGACAUCACCUGUUACUGGGAGAACCUCUUAACUGAAUACUCCAAGUUCCUGUCCUAUAAUGUAACACGAAGGAAAGAGUAUGGUCAGAUCAUUCCCAGGCUUCUGAAAACUGAACUGUAGUCAUCAUCGGAGGGCCGGAAUCUUGACAGUGGAUCUGUGACGUUCUGUGGUGACAUGUGUACCAUGAGCGUGACAACUAGACUUUGAACACCUUUGGCCAAGCCAAACUUCUACUUUUCCUUAUCAUGUUGUAUCCGAAGGGAGUAACAAGAACGAUCUAAAAUGUGCGUGAUGAACAGCUCUCCGAAAUCAUAAAAGACAGAUUUGGAACUGCAUUCCAACCUUCAUUUUUCUCAUGACCAAUCACAGCGUGUGCCUCAGGUCAUCUCCAUGUAUCCUCACUGUGAAACUGACUGGCUCCGUGUGAAGACGCCCUUUGUCCUGUUAUUCGGAGCAGACCAUCCAUCAUUUGGCAUAAUUCAUAUUUGCAACUUUGAAGUUAUUCUAGGCUUGAUGUCUGUUGCUUUAUUUUAAUGUAGAAAUCCUGCGGGGUUUGUGAAAAGUACCGCAGUGACCAUUUCCUGAAGAGUCGGAGGAAGCAAUGGCUGUGCCGUGCAGCGCUGUUGGCCUUCUCUUUUAUAGAAGCAUAAAUUCUUUGGCCCUCAGGAGGUUUCUAUAAUGCUUCAAUUGCAUGAGUAAGUUUUGCAGUUGGGUUUCAAGUGCCCAUUUUGUGCCUUCAUGCCCUUUUUAUUCUCUCUCUAAAGGAGAGAGACAAGGAGAAAGAUUUCUUAAUACAUUUAGGAAGCAGUCUUGUUAAAAAAACAAAAUGAAACAAUGUCCCUGUUAUUCUGACACUUCUGAAGUAGAGGCCGGAGGAUGAGUUCAUGGCCACCAUCAGCUACACAAGGGUUCAAGGACAGUCUGACUACACAAGGGCCUGUCUCAUACAUAAACCUGUGAUUUUGCCUUCUUAAGUUAGCAGCAGCAGGACCAUCUCAGUUUGCAGAGACCAUGAUCUUCAUAUGUGAACACAUCAUGAAGUGUCAAUUCAUAGAGCACUUAUAGCUGUCAUUUUUACUCCUACAAGAGGUAUUUUAGUGUAAAUCAUCAUUGGAGUACUUCCUUCCUUAUUUCCCUUCUGAAACACAUGUAUGGACAGUUAGUUCAAGAUACAUUUCUGACAUCACCUCUCUGGGCUUCAUUUUUGGUCGCUAGGGACUAUUGUAACAGUCUGCUCGUGCCUGUAUGAUACGCUGUCACACUGUGGUGCACUUACUUGGCUGUUUCUUCCGCUGUUCCGUAAGCUUGAUGGUGAGAACGAUCUUUUGCUGCUCUUGAUGUCCCCGUUAUCUAGCACAGUGCCUCACACAGAACAGUUACUGAAGAACCGUGGGGGGACGGGUGAGUGGGGGUGGACUGACACAGUCACCUGACUUAACUAAAUUCUAUUUUUAAGUUGCUCGGUUACCGACUGUGGAGUGGAUGAGAUGCAUUGGAAGAAAUGGAUGAAUACAGAUCGUCUCUUGCCCUCUUGAAUAGCAAGGGGUAUCUUUGUUUUGAAAACAACAAAAGUCCCGUGGGUUUUAUACUGUUCUGUGUACCUCAGUGCGGAUGGUUUGAGAAUGACGUGUAACACUGUGUAAAGUGAA